UUCGGCGUCGUCAUCACCGGCGCGACGAAGGGCGUCGGUUUCGCCAUCGCUCGAGAGUUUCUCCGUCGCGGCGAUCGCGUCUGCAUCUGCGGCCGCGCGCAGACGCGCGUCGACGCCGCCGUCGCCGCGCUGCGCCACGAGUUCCCGGGCUCGUGCGUCAGCGGCAUGAAGUGCGACGUCACGGACCCGAGAGACGUGGACGCGUUCGGGGAUUACGCCGCGAGCACCGUGGGGGUGAUUCAUCACUGGCUGAACAACGCGGGGAUGCCGCUGAUGGACCUGGAGCCGAGCGAGGUGGUGCGCGUGUGCAACACGAACCUCACGGGCGCCAUCUUGUGCUGCCAGAAGGCUGUGCGCGUCAUGCGACGGCAGCCGAAGGGGAGCGAUUCGGCGCCGGCGUACCACGUGUACAACUUUGGGUUCUCGCGGUGGGGCGCGUCGUUUAGCAAGUCCACGUGCACGCACAAGGCUACGAAACGCGGCCUCUCGCAGCUCACGGCGUCGCUCUCGGAAGAGCUGAAAGAGGCGGGCGUGCACGCCGUGGGGAUCCACCAGCUCUCGCCCGGGAUGGUGCUCACGGACUUGCUCCUCGACGGCGCGUCGCCCGUCGCGCGGAGGUUCUUCAACGUACUCGCGGAGGAGCCCGAGGUGGUGGCCGCGGAUCUCGCGCCGAAAAUAAGGUGA